AUGGAAGCAACUUUGGUACCAUUGUCACCAGUCGAUGAUACACCGUGUCGAUCGAGUUUAACAUAUUUACAUGGCAAAGCAACACUUGUUUGGGCAUUACGUCAUUCCGUGAUUGAGCUAGAUUUUGAAUCUAUGUCAAAAAAGCAUCUUUGGAAUUCAACGUCAAUUAUAACAGACAUGAUAUACAAUUCUACUACCGUUGAAGAUAAGAAUAGUUUUUAUUUAGGUGUAGCACUAACCGAUCAUGAAUCAAUUGUUUUAUAUUGCCGAUCGGAUGGCCGCUAUCGUAUAUUACCAUUUGAAUCUUGUAUUAUAGUAGAUAGUGACUACCAAGAGGUGUCAGGAUUAGCUAUUAACAAUCACAUUUUAUAUGUUGCGGAUAGAGUUGCACAUAAAAUUUAUGCAUUAACCUUAUCACCCAAUGGUUUUCUUGUAAACAAAGAUAUUUUACCAUUAAAUACAAGUACAGUAGCUGAUAUUCAAUCAAUGUUUAUUCAUAAUGAUUAUCUUGUGUGGUUAACAAGAAGUGGCCAUGUACGUAUUGUUUCAUUGAUAACGUAUGAAGUACGAUAUCUCUUUUGGUUUGACGAACAAUUACGAGCCAUUCGACUUGUAUCUUUUGGCCAAUGGCCAAAUCAAACAACAACGACUAAAGCAUCAACUACAACACAUUCAACAACGACAACAACGACCACAGUGACAACAACGAUUACGACUACAUCAAACGCUACCACUGAAAUAAUAACAACAACGCAAUAUCAUAAUGACGAUAACUAUAGUCCUUGGAAGGCAACAACUUAUCUCACAUCAAUUAUUUUAGGCAUUGCAUUGUUUCUUUGUGCAGCUAUGAUUACUUGCGUCUUACUUAACUAUCGUCUGGGACGUGUUGUACCACAUAGUUUUACUAAUAUAUUUCAUGUUCUACGUCAUCGAACAGUAGCAGCACGAUCCACACCAGAAAUAUCCGACGACACAUUGGCAUAA